AUGCGCCCGGCGGUGAGCACCCCAACGGCGAUACUCCUUGUAGACGUCCAAGAGGGGUUCAAACAUCCCACCCACUGGGGCGAGUCCAGGAGCACGCCGUCCUUUGAAAGCAACGUCGAGGCGAUCCUGUCCGCGGCGAGGGCCUACAAUGCUCGCAGGGAAACCAACCAAGCAACAGCAUCAGGCGACACUCCUCAAAGUCAACACGCAGCAGUUCAGAUAAUCCACAUCCACCACCACUCCCUAUCCCCGAAGUCCGCACUGCAUCCAACCCACACCAUCGCCGGCUCGUCGACCCCGUCCGUGGCCGCCCAACCCUGCGCCGCACCGCAGCCAGAUGAGGCAGUGCUCAUCAAACACCACAACAGCUCCUUUGUCGGCACGGACUUGGAGGCGCGCCUGCGGUCCGCGGGCGUGCGGCAGCUCGUCGUCCUCGGCCUGACGACGGACCACUGCGUCAGCACUACGGUGCGCUUCGCUGCCAACCUCCAGGUGCUGGGUGGUGAUGGUGGCCCCGACGGCAACGGGGAGGGAGUGCACGGCGUCGUGGUGGUGCGCGACGCCACGGCUACGUUUACCAGGGGCGGCUUCGACGCGGAGACCGUCCAUGCCGUGAGCCUGGCGAGCUUGGAUGGUGAGUUUGCGCGGGUCGUGGAGGCAAAGGACGUCUUGAGUGCACUCGGGGCGUAA